AUGAGUGCUGCAGCCUCGGCCAACUGCGAAUAUGUCAUGGCAGAAUCCAGCGUGCCACUUGCACGUCUUUCUCUGGACUUGGACUCUGGACUCUGGAUUCUGGACUCUGGAUUGCCCUCUGGGAGGACAGAGAUGCUGCCGAGAGUCUUUCGCCAGCUGAGCACCAAAGCCUGGUGGAAGCUUGGCGGAAGCUCAGGGGAACAGCAAGCAGUGCGGCAUGCGCUGGGAGCCGCCAGCACCAGACCGCACCAGACCGCACCAGGCGCCUGCGAGGGUGCCUACAAGGUAUUUGACAUGCAGGCAUCAUUGAUGAUGGACCAGACCAUAGCCGUCAGCCUUCUCCCUCGCCUCCUUGACAAUUCUACAAGCGCCUUCCCGCCAGACCAGCCGAGCUGA